UGAUGUUGGUUUAAUCUGUGGCCAAAACUUUAACACCAGCUGCCUGAAACCCAGCACAGGGUAUAUACGUACAUUCAGCUGACGAAUUUAUGAUCGUUGGUGCAGAUGGGUUCGAGCUGUCAAACCACAGCCCUGUUUCUUUUAUUUCAUUUUAAUUCAUUAAUAAUUGACAAUGCCGUUAUAAAGCGACAGAUAACAAUAAUAAUAUAUUACGCACGUAAUUGAUAAUAGCUGCCCUCAGGUAAAUGUAAAGUCUCUGAUGAUCACUAAACUUUUCGCCAUGACGUACGGGGGUAUGUAGGUUAACUCCACCCUUUCUUGACCUCGGAACUCUGUGGAAGUAAGUGGUCAGCGUCAUGCCUCGGACGCUGUACCCAAGAAAUAUUUCUGCCGGGUAUCAAACCCCGGUUCAUGUAGCCCAGUCACUACUGAAUGAGUUGCCCGGGUGUGAUUGUUGUUCGUACCACCGAAAAUAUCGAAGCGAUACAAAACAGUAGAGUCCAGAAAUACAUUAAAAUUAUAAUAUGAGAACCGACAGCAAUGUUAAAUGGGACAGCCGGAUUCAGCUCCAAAAACAUGAGACACGUUGAGAUUCUUAAUUUGUAUCAGUGGAACAGAACAGACUUACGAGGCGGCCAGCCAGUUAGUUAAAGAAGGCUGUGAGCAGAUUACGACGUCAUUUUCACAAACGCUGUCAGAAAAACGACCAACGACAAUAACUUUAGGUUUGUGAAACAACCCUAGACUGCUUUCAGAAGACGUGUUGUCGACAUGCUACCAUAGAUUUAAACAACCAACCACAGAACAGUAUUAAUGGGAGUUCCGGCCGUUGGUUGGGACUUCAAACUCGAGGACAGUAAGCAGACAAAGACAGUGUUAUUAAUAAGAACAGUGCAUUUCCAGCAGUAUGUACGGUGCUCUGUUGAGUUGCGUAGUGGAAAUACGACAGUGGAUCCAGACAGACGCCUAUGUAUUUAUAUAUUAUGAAAUCAGUUCACUAAAUCUAUCAACAGUGUAUUUGUGUAAUCUGAACUCUUGACUGCCGACAUCUUGAGAAGGCAUUCCAUGAACAGCCUGUUUAUUAUUUUCAUUCGAAAAAUCUAUCCAGAUACGCCAUGUAAUAAGACCCUGAUCUGUUUUUGCAUUAUUGGGGCUCUCUUCUUGACUGCAAGAGCAGAAGAGACUUCAUUUACUGAACCAACAGCUUCAGGACAGGAUCACACAACAGAAGACACCAAUUAUGUACCUGAACCAUAUAACGAAAAUGAAACCCAAAAUGAACCACUACAUGAAGCAUUAGCAGGUUCUUACGAUGAUGGACCAACAGAAUCAAAAAAUGAGGACUUUAAUGAAAUAGAUAAUUAUCCUUUAACUGUCGCAGAUGUUAAUAGAACCAUCAAAGAAGUUGAAGAAAUCUUAGCAGUUAAUCCUGAACUGCCGCGGCUCUCAAGAAGUGAAAUAUUUGAAAUUCUGAACAACAUCACGAGUCAGGAUCAGACUCUGGUACCAGCAGGAGAAUCUGAAAGCAUCAAUGGUUUACAGCCACAAAACUACAAAACACAUGAGGAAUAUUUAAGGGCUAUGAGAGCUUUGAUGCUAGUGAUGCCUUACAAUGCUAAGAAUCUCAGCGAAACAAAAAUUCAAGAAUUAUACACAAAGGCACCGAUAAUACAGUUCAUUGAAGACAACUCAAAAGAAGUUGUCACUACAGUCAGGACAAAAUUUAAUCCUUCAGUAACAACAAUAUCUGCUUCAACCACUACUGAACAGUCAGAGUUUAAUGAACAGCAUUUUCAACAAGAAAAAGAACGUCCAGACAAUCAUGAAGUUUAUCAUAAACCUUAUGACACACAAUUCAUACAUCCCGAUACAAAUUACAAUUAUGAAACAGAAACACAGCACACGACAUUAACAACUGAACAGAGUUCAACAACAAAGAGAUUUAAGCACAACUAUCAUCGUCGAAGACGUCCGACAACUUCAACGCCAGACCCAGAACAGUUCAUCAGCCAGCAUUACAAAACAACAAAGUUAUCUCCAGGUGAUCAGCCUGUAACAACAGUGUAUCCAGAAAGAAUUAGUAAUUACAAGACGACAGAUCAUUAUUAUCAAUCAGCCAAGCUCUCAACAUUACAACAGGCUGUAACUACAGUCUAUCCAGAAAUGAUAAAUCUACAAGAAGGCGAUACGUCACCCGAUCAUAUUAAUCUGGGCUACAACGUACAACUCCAGUCAUCAUUACAAAAUAAAACUCAGCUUCCCAAUGGACUCAGGCCAAACCCAAGCCAAACGAGAACUAAACCAGCUAGCACAAUAACUACCGAUGAACCGCUUUCAUCUCCAGAACCUACAGGCAUUGGACUUGACUUACCCCACGACAUGAAAAAUCUGCUAACAUCUUUCAAUGUGGAAGAUCAUCUAUCAGAUCCUGAACCUUUAGUCCAUAACACAUCAGAUAAAGUCAUCAUGUUUGUGACGCCACCAACAGCUGAUCCUCUUCCAGAAUCAACCAAACUUAGUAGUCACUAUUCCGCUAGUGAACUAACAUUUGGAAAAACUACAACAGAAAAGACAGUCAUGCGCGAUGAUGUUAAGGAACUGCUUGCAUCAAUAGGACUCUUUCCAGACAAAGAGAGACAAGAAACUGUACCAACGACAACUUCUACAACAACUACGAUGCCAGAUGUAGCAGCAGCAGCAGAAUCUCUGUCAUCCGAAAUGAAAGAUCUCCUGAUAUCUUUUGGGCUCCUCCCAUCAGAAAAUGAUAUUCGCCAGGCCUCGUACCAAGAAUCGGCAACCGAGGGCCCUGCACAAGCCUAUGAUCAGCAGGCAGCAAGCCCAGUUGUCAAUCCGAGUUCAUACCUCAGUUUCAAGCCGCUCCCUCUUGCAGAAAAUGAAAGCAAAGAAGAUGAUGAAGACAAGUAUCUGAUGAGUAGCGACAUGAAACAGUUCCUUGCAUCUUUUGGCCUGGUUUCUACAUCUGAUUCUGAUGAAGGUUAUCCAAGUAGAGGAAGCUUUACUGAGCAUGGUGAUGUCCAUGGAUUUAGAUCACAAAAAUCACUUAAAAUAGAAGCACAAUCAUUGAAAAAUAGCAGCGAUAACAUUGCUGAUGAAGUUCCUGCUCAUGCGUUUAAGUCUAAUGAAACUAUGCCUCAUAUCAACAUGGAUAUUUUGACUGAUGAAAUGAAAGAAAUUUUAGGAAAUCUUGGGUUUCUUCCUGAUACAAACUUCACAACUGCUCUAUCAAAGAAGAAGACAAAUAAUUUUGAAGGCCAUGUUUUUAAUCCCUCAGUUCAUUUGGCAUCACUCAAUCUGACAGAUCUGGAAGCACAGAGACUCACAAAACUCUUGGACACCAUCAAAAAGCUGAUGAAGGAUAAUGGAACGAUCACUCAAGAUGAGAUCGAUGCCCUGAAUGCGUCGAUCUCCUUCAUUCUUCCACCGGUCCAACGCAGCAAUGAAACGGUGACUUCUGAGGGAGACGUAGCCAAUGUUCUACCGGUACUGUUUGUGCCGAAGAAACAGACCAAUAAGUCAUUGUCUCUUGGUAACAUAAAAGAUGUGCCUGACCCACUGUCUCUAGAAGAGUUGCUGUUAGUACCAGCAGACAUAAAAAAUGAAAUUAAGCGCCAGCAGUCAAAUAAUGGAACCUCCAACAGUUCCACUGCAGAAAGUACACAAGAUCCAGGGCCAUCAUUAACAGAUCUUGCAGAUUCAUUUGGUGGCGGUGAAACUGCAUCCGCUGAUACCAGUGUGGUUGAUGCGUUACCAGCAAAGAGGCCAAAUGGACUUUAUUUUCUUCUUGAUUGGAACACUUUCUUGGAUGUUGGCGAUGAUCUAACUGGUAGGAAAGUAAAUUUGGGUUUUAAUCCCAGAGUUGGUAAUAGUAGGGAUUUUCUACCUGUGACAGUCCCAUGACGGUGCUUGAUUCAGAACUCGCAUCAGUAUAAUGUAAAAAUCCUCAAACUGUAAUAGCAGUUUAUAAAUUUUCAUUCUUGAAUGAUAAAAAUGUUUGGGUGGGAAAGUUUGCUGUUAUUUUGGAAAAACUGGCUGUCUCCAUCUUCGAGGUAAAGCACCAGCUAUUAUAGUUUUGGCCAAUGGGGACCUAAGAAUGCCAGAGUGCAAACUUCUGUGCUGUUUGUGGCAUGAACUGUAAAUAUUGCAGAAGGCCAUUUAUUCGGAUCAUCUUGAAGAUGGUGACAGGUUUUACAAAGUGACGUCACGCAAUAAUUAAAAAAAUGAUUAGCCCAAUCAUUUAAAGUAUCAGAAAAACUAAUUACAGGAAAUCAGCAUAAAGAGGAUUUAAUAAAAUAAAAUAAAAAUUCUAUUAGAGUAAGAUGUAGAGGUAAAAUGGAAACACGAACCGCGGUUUAUGAAAUAGAACCAGCGGAAUCUAGACAAAGGAAAGAUUAUUCAAUAUAAAUGAGUCAUGUACGAUGGUAAAUAUGAGAUCUUUCGAACAUGUCGAUGGUAAUCCAGAUUAAAUUAACAGCAGAAACAUUUCUGAGGGACUUACUUUUAAGUGAUGUAUACAUUAAAAUUAUAAGGGUCUUGAAUUAUUCACACAAGUUUCUAUUCACUAACAGAAUUGAGAAUGGUAGUGCAAAUAAUUGUUUUUGAAUGAGGAAUAGGGCAUCUACAUGCUGCAACCUAUAAUGAAGUCAUAUUUCUCAAACCUUAAUGAUAUUUCCAAAUGACAGAUGCAAACUUAAGUUUGGGCCAUACAAGGAUGCUAUACAAAUCCAAAAGGAAAUCAUUAGUUGAAAGAGAAGAUAAUGUAUCAGAUCAAACCAACCAUUUUUUGAAACCUCGAGAAUACGUACAGUCAUUGAGCUUACAUGGAGUCCAACAGAAAUGCAAGAUCUUUAGAUGACUGGUAACUAAAAUAAGAUUAAGACGUGAUUCAUACCUCAAGUUAAUACUGAUGAUUUAUGAAAAAGUAAUAGGAAUUCUCACAAACGUUCAAAACAUUUUUAUUUCCCUAACCUUCAGAAAACUUGACCAAGGAACAGGGAAAUUUUUAGUUUUUUAGUUUACUUCAAAUUAUAAUAUGACAAGAUUAUAAGACUACAGAAUUAUAUUGUAUUUAUAUAAGAUUAUGGUAAAAUUCAACAACGCGUUGAUAUACAAGUGAAAUAAGACACAAAGGUUAUACAUAAUUCUUUAUAUACGUGCAUUGUUCCA